GAAAUUCAUUUUGAACAAUUAACCACCGACUGAGUCUUUGCGGAUAGUAGCAGCGACACGUUCCACUUCACUCCGCCUCUUCUCUUCUCUCGAUCAUCUUACACUAAUUCAAUAAACCUAAACCAGACGGACCCAUCAAACCUUCCAUUAAUGCACUGAAAAAAGCUUGUCUCUUCCAUACAGAAAGAAUGCAAUUCUUCAAAGCACAAAGCAGCUUCAUUUCUCAAGCUAACAAAUUUGGUUUUGCUCGGUCUUAUGUCACCACUUGCAGAGCGGUGGUAAUUCCCCGGUUUGGUGGGCCCGAGGUGCUGGAGCUCCGCCACGAUGUCGAGGUCCCUCAGCUCAAAUCUAAUGAAGUUCUGGUUCGAACUCGUGCUGUAUCGGUCAAUCCCCUUGAUACUAGAAUGCGAUCAGGAUAUGGCCGUUCAAUAUUUGAACCGCUUCUACCUCUCAUUUUGGGUCGAGAUAUAAGUGGUGAAGUUGCAGCUAUUGGAACUUCAGUUCAGUCACUGAGUGUUGGUCAAGAAGUUUUUGGUGCAUUGCAUCCUACUGCUGUGAGGGGUACUUAUACUGACUAUGCAAUUCUCUCAAAAGAUGAGCUGACUCAAAAACCUUCGUCAAUUUCACACGUGGAAGCAAGCGCUAUUCCUUUUGCUGCAUUAACCGCAUGGCGGGCUCUAAAAUCCACAGCACGGAUUAAUGAGGGGCAAAGGCUGUUGGUAGUCGGUGGUGGUGGAGCAGUAGGUUUUGCUGCAAUUCAGCUUGCAGUAGCUGUAGGAUGCCAUGUUACAAGUACUUGUGGAAGUGAGAGCAUAGAUCGGAUAAUAAAAGCUGGUGCUGAGCAGGCUGUUGACUACAUAGCUGAGGACGUUGAAGUUGCAAUAAAAGGGAAAUUUGAUGCCGUUUUGGACACUAUUGGUGUAGCAGAAACAGAAAGAACAGGCAUCAACUUUUUGAAGAGAGGUGGACACUACAUGACUCUUCAGGGUGAGGCAGCAUCCUUGGCGGAUAGGUAUGGAAUAGCACUCGGGCUUCCAAUAGCUACAGCUGUUCUAUUAAAGAAACAGAUUCAGUACCGAUAUUCUCAUGGAAUAGAAUACUGGUGGAAUUUUAUGAGAGCUGAUUCAGAUGGUUUGGAUGAGAUCCGCCGCUUAUCUGAAGCUGGCAAAUUGAAGAUACCUGUCGAAAAAACAUUUCCGUUGGCUCAAGUGAGAGAGGCUCACGAGGCAAAAGAAAAAAAGCUGAUUCUUGGUAAAGUGGUGUUGGAAAUUGAUUGACAUAUGUAAUUCCAGAAAGCUCUAAUUGGUAUGAUCAUAUCAUUGGAUUUGCUGAUUAUACUUCUCUUCUGAUAUCUGUAAAUGUUUUUCUUCUUACAUAUCUGAGAGGUGUUCUUACAGUAUAGACCAGCUCUAAAGAAAUAAGUGCUUUAACAUUUUUGUAUAGGUGAAACUUUUAUGGUUAGGAAUUCUCGAAUUCCGGGUUGCAAUGUGUAAAUGCUUGAGGGUUUCUUGUU